UGUCAGAGCACUGAAGCAAAAGCGGUAAAGUAGCCAACAUUAGUUAGUUAUCCUUUUGCAAUGAAUCUGUCAAGCCUCUUCCUUCUGGCCCUUGUGGCAUCGGUCGCUGUCAGCGCCGGAUCUGCUCACAGAAUCAGCAGGCCUGAACCAGAAGCUCCCAAGGAGCCAUGCCUAGUCACUACUCCCAGGCCUUCUUGCGUGCGGACAACGACCCCGCCACCACUCUGUGAGGAAGAAACUACGACAACGACUACGCCCACUCCAACUACAACAACCUGCUCGACAACAACAACGACGACUACUACAACUACUACUACAACCACUACUACAACGACAACUACAACAACCACUUGUUCCACAACAACUACUACAACAACCACUUGUUCCACAACAACUACUACAACAACGACUACCACAACAACCACGACUACAACAACCACUACUACAACAACCACAACUACUACAACGACUACCACAACAACAACAACAACUACACCAUGUGAAAUAAUAACACCCACUCCUACUCCGGAGAAACCCUGUCAGCCUGCAGAGCCUGUAACUCCUUCCCCUGCUCCAGACAGUCCUUGCCAGCCUGAUGAGCCCCAAACCCCAGAGAAGCCAGUAACCCCUGCUCCGGACAGUCCUUGCCAGCCUGAUGAGCCACAAACUCCCGAGAAGCCAGUAACCCCUGCUCCAGACAGUCCUUGCCAGCCUGAUGAAGACACUACAACAACGACAACCACCUGUUCAACAACUACCACGACAACAACCACUACUACAACAACCACUACUACCACAACCACUACUACAACAACAACAACCUGUUCAACAACUACCACGACAACAACCACUACUACAACAACCACAACAACAACGACCACUACAACAACCACUUAUUCCACAACAACUACUACAACAACGACUACCACAACAACCACGACUACAACAACCACUACUACAACAACCACAACUACUACAACGACUACCACAACAACAACAACAACUACACCAUGUGAAAUAAUAACACCCACUCCUACUCCGGAGAAACCCUGUCAGCCUGCAGAGCCUGUAACUCCUUCCCCUGCUCCAGACAGUCCUUGCCAGCCUGAUGAGCCCCAAACCCCAGAGAAGCCAGUAACCCCUGCUCCGGACAGUCCUUGUCAGCCUGAUGAGCCCCAGACCCCAGAGAAGCCAGUAACCCCUGCUCCGGACAGUCCUUGCCAGCCUGAUGAGCCACAAACCCCAGAGAAGCCAGUAACCCCUGCUCCGGACAGUCCUUGCCAGCCUGAUGAAGACACUACAACAACGACAACCACCUGUUCAACAACCACCACAACAACAACCACUACCACAACAACCACUACUACCACAACCACUACUACCACAACCACUACUACAACAACAACAACGACGACAACAACCUGUUCAACAACUACCACAACAACCACGACCACUACAACAACCACUUGUUCCACAACAACUACUACAACAACGACUACCACAACAACCACGACUACAACAACCACGACUACAACAACAACUACUACAACAACCACAACUACUACAACGACUACCACAACAACAACAACUACACCAUGUGAAAUAAUAACUCCCACUCCUACUCCGGAGAAACCCUGUCAGCCUGCAGAGCCUGUAACUCCUACCCCUGCUCCAGAGAGUCCUUGCCAGCCUGAUGAGCCCCAAACCCCAGAGAAGCCAGUAACCCCUGCUCCGGACAGUCCUUGCCACCCUGAUGAAGACACUACAACAACGACAACCACCUGUUCAACAACCACUACCACAACAACCACUACUACAACAACCACAACUACAACGACGACAACAACCUGUUCAACAACUACAACAACUACAACCUGUUCAACGACAACCACAACACCAAAACCAUGCCAGCCUAAGACCACCACUCCACCACCUUGCAAGCCCACAACAACCACUCCUGCUCCCUGUGAUGAGACGACUACUCCGGCUUGCGAAUCAGCUCCACAAAAGUCCAAUGACGGCAUCCUUUCUCACAUCAAGGAGCUUUUCACAGGCUCGAGCACCGCUACCAACGCUCCUACAGUGAUCGGAACCAGCCCAAUGUGCCGUGGCCGCGCUGACGGAAGCAUUGUCCAGGACCCGAACCACUGCAGGAGGUACUAUGAGUGCCGCUCCGGUCGCCGCCUGCUGCGCAAGUGUCGUGUCGGUCUCUGGUUCGAUUCGGAGGCAGGAGAGUGCCGUGCCCGUAACUUGGUGUUGAACUGCCCGGCCCAGCGUAACUGAUGCGUUCAGUUAACUGAACAGCUUGCAUAGCAAUUUGUAUUUCUAACCAACAGUAAAUACCUAAUCAAUAAACAACAGCAUUCAAAUCUUAAAAAAAACUAAA